GUCUGUCUCAGGGGUGGGGAUUGACAGCUAUAAUAGUUGUAGAGGAGGUAGUUUAAGGACAUUUUGGUUAUAAUAUAGAGGAAAUAGUUUCAGGACAUUAAAAAAUGUGGUUUUCUGGCGAGCAUUCCUUGGAUGGCAGCUUCCCCCCUUCCCCGACUGAGGACAGGGGCUCCAAGCGGCUGUCCUGGAGCAGUCUGCUGCAGAGGCUCACGGAUCUGAAGUCUUUCAACCAGGGACUCUCCACACAACAGUGCAACAGUGAAACUGGUUCUGUAUUAGACAUGUCGCUGUCAGGGUCUGAAAGCAGCUUCUUCUGUUACCCCCCGGAGGAGACCCUGUCUGCAGACGUGGUAGCCACCAUUGCACAAUCCCUCCAGCAGGCGUCACACCUCCUGGGCUGCUCCGCACUCGUCGUUCCAGACUCUUUGCUGGACCUCUUGGGUCAGGAGCUGGUCCGCCUGGCAGUCAGCGAGCCCUGCGGCCUGAAGGGAGCGCUCAUAGACGUGUGCGUGGCCAGGGGGGAGCCGGGGGACCCGUGCACCGUGAAACAGAUCGCGGUGGACGCCGGCUUGGUCCCCACUUUCCACGUCACCCUGGUGCUGAGAGCCGAGUCCGGAGGACUGUGGCCCAAAGUGCGGGGGUUCUUCAAAGGCGGCGAGACGUACGGGACGCCCGCCAGGCGGUCUUUGAGACUGAGCCCCAGUUUCAGGGCCAUGAAGAGGAAGUUGUAUUGUUCGGGGGAGCUUCUGAUUGAAGAGUGCUGCUGAGGACUCAGAAAGUGGAGCAAACAAACAGCACGAGGCGCACAAUCCUGGAACGACUUUGUGAACAAGGCAGCUGGUCACCUGCGGGUGAACUCGCUGUUGAUGGCGCACGGCAGUAUUUGAUGACCUUUUGUACUGGAAACAAUAAAUUAUUUUAUAUACAUAACUUGU